CCGCCCCGCUCCCUCCCGCAGGCCUGCCAGCGCGGCUGCGCAGGCUCAGCCUGGUGCCCCUGCCAUUUCACCACCCACUCGGGGGCACCCGGCCGGUUCUCUAUCCCAGGCCCCCAUCCCUAGCCUUCGGGUAGAGUGAUGCUACCCGACUGGCCCCGGGGACACCGAAGCACAAAGAAAGCUCGGACCGCGCCAGAGGCCACCGGCCGGAGCUGAGUUGCUCGUGGUGGCCUGUCCUCUACCAGGUGACCCAGGGACAGCAUUUCCCCGGAGCUGCAGCCCCCGCCUGGGGGGGAUGGGCACAAUCACACGAGAUGGACGAGAAGAUCAAGAAAGCCGAGGAGAUGGCCCAGAGGCUCACCCGAGCAGUGGCUGGUGGGGAUGAACAAGUAGCUAUGCAGUGUGCCAUCUGGCUGGCAGAGCAGCGGGUGCCCCUGAAUGUGCAACUGAAGCCUGAGGUCUCCCCGACACAGGACAUCAGGCUGUGGGUGAGCGUGGAGGAUGCGCAGAUGCACACGGUCACUAUCUGGCUCACAGUGCGUCCUGACAUGACGGUGGCCUCCCUCAAGGACAUGGUGUUCCUGGACUACGGCUUCCCGCCAACCCUGCAGCAGUGGGUGAUUGGGCAGCGGCUGGCUCGGGACCAGGAGACCCUGCACUCCCACGGGGUGCGGCGGAACGGGGACAGCGCCUACCUCUAUCUGCUAUCAGCCUGCAACACCUCACUCAACCCUCAGGAGCUGCAGCGGGAGCGGCAGUUGCGGAUGCUGGAAGAUCUGGGCUUCAAGGACCUCACGCUGCAGCCACGGGGCCCCCUGGAGCCGGUUCCCCCGAAGCCUGGGGCCCCCCAGGAGCCCGGGCGGGGGCAGCCCGAUGCCGCGCCGGAGCCCCCGCCGAUGGGCUGGCAGUGCCCCGGCUGCACCUUCAUCAACAAGCCCACGCGGCCGGGCUGCGAGAUGUGCUGUCGGGCGCGGCCCGAGGCCUACCAGGUCCCCGCCUCGUACCAGCCCGAUGAGGAGGAGCUAGCGCGCCUGGCCGGCGAGGAGGAGGCGCUGCGCCAGUACCAGCAGCGGAAGCAGCAGCAGCAGGAGGGGAACUACCUGCAGCACGUGCAGCUGGAUCAGCGGAGCCUGGUGCUGAACACCGAGCCCACCGAGUGCCCCGUGUGUUACUCGGUGCUGGCGCCCGGCGAGGCUGUGGUGCUGCGCGAGUGUCUGCACACCUUCUGCAGGGAGUGUCUGCAGGGCACCAUCCGCAACAGCCAGGAGGCCGAGGUCGCCUGCCCCUUCAUUGAUAACACCUACUCGUGCUCGGGCAAGCUGCUGGAGAGGGAGAUCCGGGCGCUCCUGAGCCCUGAGGACUACCAGCGGUUUCUGGACCUGGGCAUCUCCAUCGCGGAAAACCGCAGCGCCUUCAGCUACCACUGCAAGACCCCGGACUGCAAGGGGUGGUGCUUCUUUGAGGAUGAUGUCAAUGAGUUCACGUGCCCUGUGUGUUUCCACGUCAACUGCCUGCUUUGCAAGGCCAUCCACGAGCAGAUGAACUGCAAGGAGUACCAGGACGACCUGGCCCUGCGGGCUCAGAAUGACGUGGCUGCCCGGCAGACGACAGAGAUGCUGAGGACCAUGCUGCAGCAGGGCGAGGCCAUGCACUGCCCACAGUGCCAGAUCGUGGUGCAGAAGAAGGACGGCUGUGACUGGAUCCGCUGCACUGUCUGCCACACUGAGAUCUGCUGGGUCACCAAGGGUCCCCGCUGGGGCCCUGGGGGUCCAGGAGACACCAGUGCGGGCUGCCGCUGCCGGGUGAAUGGGAUUCCUUGCCACCCCAGCUGUCAGAAUUGCCACUGAGCUGAGGAUGGCCUGGUCCCCAUGCUGACCCAGCCCCACAUCUGCAGGCUGCUGUGGGACAGAGCUGGUGCUUUGGCUCUGAUUUCUGGCCUGGGAGGUGCCUUUGCUCUUGGCUGAGACAGGAGCCCUGAAGAGGCCCGGGCCUUUGAGCUGCGUGGAUGGCCUUGUUUGCUGUGGGUAUCGUGGGGGGCCUGCCUGAGCUGGCCGUUGUCCACAGCCCCAUCUGUCCCAGUGCCUUUGCCCUUCCCCAGGGGCCUGCCAGCCAGACCUUUCAUCUCCUCUCUGCGGCUCCCACUCUGCCUAACCCAGCCUUAAACACAGCCCUGGCCAGAGGCCUUGCUGGAUGGAGUCCACAGCCCCCAUCCACCCCCUUGUCUGUUGAACCCUGUGCAUUCACAGCCCGCCACCUCCCCCGUCAGCUUUCUGGGGGUGACUUUUUUUGGCUUUGCUGUUGGAGGCCUGGGGCCUCUUAGAAUUGCUGCUAAUCCUGCUCAGAGCCAGGAGGAAUACCUGGCAGUUUCCAAAGCACAGCACAGCCGGUCCGGCUUCCGUGGCUCCGUCUUUGCCGCCUGUGUAAGCUAAUUAAAAUGGUUUCCCAGGAA